AUGUCCAAAACACUUCUCGAUCUAGUCAAAGAAACAGACGUUGUACCUUACUCUAUUACUUCAUCUUUUAAUUCUUCUGACUGUUUUAGUUUAAUUGCACAUGAUGGCAGUGGAACUCUUGGGUUUAUGAUCCCCAAGGUUGUUUCUAUUUUGUUUGAACAAUUCCCCUCAGAUUUCAUUAUUGAUUAUUAUGCUUCAACUUUAACUUUGGCUUCACAUUUGGAUACCGAACCUAAACGAUCAGAAGCCUUUGCACGAAUUGCGAAAACACUAAAGGAAAAAAACUUUUUCCCUGAGGUUCUGGGAGGCUGGCGCAAUGAGUUAUAUCCAGUUUAUUGUCCUCAAAAGGAACUCUAUCUUUUGGUAGAACGUGCAGCAUCACCAUUGUUUGGUGUCAUCACUUAUGGUGUUCAUAUUACAGGAUAUGUGGGAAGUGAAAAUAGUAAAAAUCCUAAAGAACUCAAGGUUUGGACCCCCCGCCGUGCAUACAACAAGCCUACAUUCCCUGGAAUGCUAGAUAAUACUGUGGCUGGUGGGCUUGGACAUCCAUAUGGGGUAUUGGAAACUGCUAUUAAGGAAUGUGGUGAAGAGGCCGGAUUAUCUGAAGAGUACGCGCGCUCACGGUUAGUUCCUGCUGGUGUAAUUUCGUAUUGGUACCGUCAUAAGUAUUCGCCAGAGUUGGAUUUAUAUCAGCCUGAAGUGGAGUAUGUUUAUGAUUUACCCAUGGAUAAGGUAACAGUGCCGAAACCUGUUGAUGGUGAGGUUGCAGAGUUUAAGUUAUGGGGGGUUGAUGAAUUGCUCCGGGAAAUGCGAGCUGGUAAUUUCAAACCCAAUACUGCACUUGUCAUGAUUGACUUUUUCAUUAGACACGCAAUCAUUGAUCCAGAGCAGGAGCCUGAUUACUUGGAGAUUACGUCGCGCAUUCAUCGUAGAUUUCCAUUUCCAACUAGAUAA